GAUGCCACACACAUGGAUACAAGCAUACACAUACACUGGGGACCGUAGACUACAGUUUUCAUUUAGUAAACAAAAAUGGACUUCAUAGACGAUUUUAUAGAGGAAUAUAAAUGCAAUCCGUGCCUGUGGAAAGCGGACUCCGCGGACUUCAGGAACCGCAGUCGGCGUCAGGAGGCGUAUUCGAAAUUAAUAGAGGUCGCCACCAAGCAUGGGGAAAUGUACAAUGUCGAGCGAACAAAGCAAAAGAUAAACAAUCUACGCUGUGCAUUUCGUCAUCAGUUAAGGAAAUACAACGAGGUGAAGAAAAAGGGCGAAAAGUACGAGCCCUACUGCCCCAAAAGGCGUUACUUUGAGUCGCUGAUGUUCCUGAAGGACGAGGAGAUACCGGACAAGAAGUGCAAGCGCGAGCAGGCGGGAUCGGGAUGUCUGGAUGGCGCCGUCCAGCUGGUUCAGCCGGAGAACUGCGACGAGUUUUCCGACGCCGAGAGUCUUCCCAAGCCGCCAAAAUCGUCGGCGGACACCAGCAAGCUGUCGCCCAACAACAGCGCCAACGAAUUCUGUGCCAAUAUCUUCGAGGAGGCCACCGCCGCUGACCCCAUUAUCAGUAUUAAGUCAGUCAAUGCAAACAACCAUGCUGGUGGGGCCACCAUCAAGGAGGUCGAAAUCGUAGUGCCUGCGAACAACAGGCUGUUGUCCGCCCGCAGAAAAUCCGUUCCCGACACGAUCAAGUCCCCUACCGGCGACUCUGAAUCGCCUGGCAAACGCAUCGUGGCUCAUAACCAAAACCAGAGCCAGAACCAGCCGAAACCGAACCACAAUCAGAUCCAGAAGCCCAAUCACAUCGUCCGGAAGCGAUCUUCGUCUGUGUCCUCGCAGGUAUCGGAGGAUAAUGAACCGCCGGCAGGGAAAUUCCGGGCAGACAUCUCCACCAUUGACUUCGAGCGACUCUUUUCCCUGGCCUUGAAGAGUGCGGACAGUCAGGUGGACGAUCACUUCUCGAAUUUUGGGAAAAUCAUUGCCCACAAACUGCGCUCAAUGGACGGCACCCAGGCCAUAUACGCGGAGAAGAUCAUCGCCGAUGUUCUGUACCAGGGCCAGAUGAAAAUGCUGUCCACGCUUAGUAUACACCAGUUUUUGGGCGUCGACAAUGCAACAGUUUAUGUGGAGAGCCAUAGUAAAUGAUGGCCCCUUUUAAAGACGUACUUUAAGAGUUUAUGUAAGAGUAAGGUGUAAAAUACAUUCAUGUGUGUAAA